CGACCCGACCCCAGAACAGCGUCGAUAUCAUCACAAGCUACUAUUUCCUUCUCAAGCAUCACUUUGAACUUCCACAUCAAAACCACAUUUUCCGGUAUACACAGUGAAAAUACAUACAAUCAUCCAUUCUAAUAUCGUUCCAAUCGCCCAUCAUGAAUCACUUUCCCGAAGCUUGGGGUCGCCCUAGGGAUGACGUUUACGGACCCUACAACGCCUCAUACCUCCAGACAACUGGCCCGAAAACCCACACUCAGUCACCUGCUGUGACUGGUACGUCGGUAGUGGCAGUCAAGUUCAACGGCGGAGUUGCCAUUGCUGCCGAUAACCUAGCAUCAUACGGGUCCCUUGCCCGCUUCACCGACGUGAAACGACUUCGCAAGUUUGGCGAUUCUGCCAUCAUCGGAUUCAGUGGUGACGUUUCGGAUAUGCAGUAUAUUGACCGACUACUGGAGUCCAUCGACAUCAGAGAGAAUUACUCUACCCACGGAAACACGUUGAACGCCAAGAAUCUUCAUACUUAUUUGUCGAAAGUCUUCUACAAGCGCCGUUCUGAGUUCAACCCCCUCUGGAACCACGUCUUGGUGGCCGGGUUCGAUGGAGACAAGAAGCCAUUCCUCAGCUCAGCGGAUCUGCUGGGGACCACCUUCUCGGCUCCGCAUCUCGCGACCGGCUUUGGUGCCCAUCUUGCCGUCCCAAUCCUUCGCCGGCUGUUCCCAGAGGAAAGGCCUAUUGAGUCAAUCACCAAGGAUGAGGCCGUGGCGGCGCUAAGGGAAUGUAUCAAGGUUCUCUGGUACCGUGAUGCGCGGAGUCUGGACAAGUACUCCUUAGCUGUGAUUACUGAGGAGGGGGUUGAGAUCCAGGAGGACCAGCAAGUUGAAGCCCAGAGCUGGGCAUUCGCCGAGACCAUCAAGGGAUAUGGGGCUCAGGUCAACUAGGAUAUGGCUUUGAUUACAUGCUUGUGCCACUUGAGUAAUAGAACAAAUCCAACAAAGUACGUAUGGUGAAGUCACUGCGAACGUG